GAGGUGGAGGUAUGCCAGAAGCUUAUAGUCCGAAGCACCAUGGAAAAGGUUCAUUCAUGGACCCAGUCACAUCUUACUCCAUCCCAGUUUUGUAAAGAACUCACCUUGGAUAGUGAGCGGCUAAUACGACAAGCUCAGAAGACUGCCGAUUUACUGGCUAUUGCUGGGCAAGGUUCACAGGAUGACACAACUCUCUCCUUGUUAGAGUCUUCUGAUGUUUCUGCGUUAGGAGGGGAAACCAAUGCAUCUGGAUAUCAGUCUAGUCUCUCCUUUUCAGAUACCCCUCUUUCCCCUAGUAACCAGCCACACCUUCCUCGCCCUGUAGCCAAGAAACCAAGUGCCCUAGAAAGUUUGCCUGUAACAGCCAAAGAGCAUGAUCCUGAUGUAAUGCCGCCUUCCUGUUUAUUGAAAUUAUUAAAGGCAAUGGUAUACAAAUUGAUAUCAUCAGUAAAUACAGAAAUGAACAAAGUGGAUUUUGCCAGUGAUGUACAGAAUUUGAUUCACAGUAUCCAGCAGGUUGUCAGCAAAAGAGAGGAUGUUACGCUGACUGUCUUCAGAGCAUUGGAGACACUUACUGUAGAUUUGGCUGUUGCUCUUGCGUGUUGUUUACCUGUUGUAAUGACUUCAGAAAUUCAAAAGGCAUUUGUCUCCUUGUGGAGGCCUGUUGAAGAGGAUGGCUUAAUACCAUCACCUUGUGGCCUCUCCUCCCUGAUGUGCCCUCGAACUGUAAUGCUCAUUGCCCAGAACCCAACCUCAAAGCACCAAGAUGCUGCAUGGAAGAAGAUGGAGGAAUUUAUUUCUUUACUAGUGUCUUCAAAUUUAAUCAGCCCGGUAUCACUGCAGGAACAAUGUGUGUCACUACUGAGGCAUUCUUGGCCAGAGGGAAUCUUGGCUGGUUUAUCAUCUUGCAUUAAAGGAAUCUCCAAGAACUGUAGCAGGCAGAACUUUGCAGAUGAUUCAAUGUUCACAGAACUUUUGGAAUGGGUCAGUUGGGUAUGUGGAGAAAUGGAGGAGUUUCCUGAUCUAAUAUAAUCUUACUUAGGUGAGCUGUAACAAUUCAAAUCAGAUUUCAUGAAAGCUAGGUAUACACAUAUGGAAACUAAUGAAAGUAACAGAUUAGACAAGUUCGCAUACCAGUAAAAUUAAAUUACAUCCAAUAUGCAAGCAAUGCAUUGGCCUUUUGAUAAUCUCUUUCAAUUUCAUCAGAAAUUUUCAAUUGUUAAUUGUAGCAGAAUGAUUUUUUUUUUAUCCUUGUCAUAAGGCACUACUAUGAAUUAUUUUGUUAAGUAUAUUAAAAAUUAUUCCGAUUAACCUGUAUUGAAAUGUUAAAAAGGGUUUUCAUGACAAACAUUUGAAUUCUCUGUUGUGAUAGUUUCUUUACAAACCUGAAAAACAAUCUAGUGAUAGUGAUUUUAAAAUUAUUGGCAAAACUGUUGAACCUUGAUUGUAAAUAUAUAUUUUCACAAUAGAUUUUAUAUUGAUGUAUUUCCCUAUAAAGUCUUGAUGCCAUUGUGAUUAUUCUGGUCUUGGUCUUGGUAAUGGAAGCAGCCAUGGGUUUUAUUAAUUUUAAACUAUUUAGCAAGUAAAUUGCACAUCUAUUCCUCAGUGAAAUACUUUCAUUGUCUAUGCUCUCUUUGGCUGAUGAAGCUGUUGCUCUUGUACCAUGUACUCUACUCCUAUUUAUCCCAGAAUAUUGUACAACCUGCUGUAUCCAUUUCUUAUUGAUUCAUAGUGAAUCUUGUUAUAAAUUUUUAAGAUUUUAUUUUAUAAACCUCAUUGAGAACUGCAGUUAUGGAUACCAAAUGCUUUAAAGGCUGUAUGAUGAGUCAUAAGAAUAAGCAGACUAUGCUUGUA